GCCAAACUGGGCAAGAUGAACCGAGCAAAGCCGACCACGGUCCGCAGGCCCAGCGCCGUGGCCAAGCCUUCCGGUGAGCCCUCCACCGGGGAUUUCAUUGCAUUGGGCUCAAAAGGCCAAGCCAGUGAGUCAAAAGCAACGGUAGCAUUGCUGAAGCCGGCUCCCUCAGGUUCUUCUGAACGGAAGCGAGAUGCUGCAUCUGCUUUAUCUGGAGCCUCGGCCCUGACUGGCCUCACAAAACGUCCCAAGCUUUCCUCUACUCCUCCACUCAGUGCCCUGGGGCGCCUGGCUGAGGCAGCUGUUGGCAGAAAAACGAGCCUUUCCCCCUCUAUCAAGGAACCAUCUGUGGUACCAAUUGAAGUUCUGCCCACAGUCCUGCUGGAUGAGAUUGAAGCUUCGGAGUCAGAGGGAAAUGAUGACAAUGAGGGGGUACUGUGUGGAGCCGUGAAGCAGCUUAAAAUGACCCGAGCCAAACCGGACACCACACUGUACUUGAGCCUGAUGUACUUGGCAAAAAUCAAGCCCAACAUUGCCACAGAGGGAGUUAUUGAGGCAUUAUGCAGCCUUCUUCGCCGGGAUGCCUCCAUUAACUUCAAAGCCAAAGGAAACAGCCUGGUUUCUGUGUUAGCUUGUAACCUGCUUAUGGCUGCAUAUGAAGAGGAUGAGAACUGGCCCGAGAUCUUUGUCAAAGUUUACAUUGAAGAUUCCCUAGGGGAGCGGAUCUGGGUGGACAGCCCUCACUGUAAGACAUUUGUCGACAAUAUCCAGACAGCAUUUAACACCAAGAUGCCUCCUAAAAAGUAUGUUGUUACAGGAGAGAUGGGGCGCAGUGGAGGAGACCUCAGUGCUGGAAACAGUCCUCAUCCUUCCCUUACUGAGGAAGAAGACAGUCAGACUGAACUGCUGAUUGCAGAGGAGAAGCUGAGCCCAGAGCAAGAGGGACAGCUCAUGCCCAGGUAUGAGGACCUUGCUGAGAGUGUGGAAGAAUAUGUCCUUGACAUGCUUCGGGACCAAUUGAACCGUCGACAGCCUAUGGACAAUGUCUCCCGGAAUCUCUUGCGGCUCCUAACCGCAACUUGUGGCUAUAAGGAAGUGCGGCUGAUGGCUGUGCAGAGGUUGGAGAUGUGGCUGCAGAACCCCAAGUUGACCAGGCCAGCCCAGGAUCUGUUGAUGUCUGUCUGCAUGAACUGUGGCACUCAUGGUUCAGAGGACAUGGAGGUCAUUUCCAGCCUCAUCAAAAUCCGGCUCAAGCCCAAAGUCCUCCUCAACCACUACAUGCUCUGUGUUAGGGAGCUGCUAAAUGCCCACAGGGAUAAUCUGGGGACUACAGUCAAGUUUGUGAUUUUCAAUGAACUCUCAAAUGCAAGAAACCCAAACAACAUGCAGAUCCUGUACACUGUGCUGCAGCAUAGCUCAGAGCUGGCCCCAAAGUUCCUAGCAAUGGUGUUCCAGGACCUGUUGACUAAUAAAGAUGAUUACCUGAGGGCUUCCCGGGCCCUGCUUCGAGAGAUAAUCAAACAGACCAAGCAUGAGAUUAAUUUCCAGGCAUUUUGCCUUGGGCUCAUGCAGGAACGCAAAGAACCACAAUAUUUAGAAAUGGAGUUCAAGGAGCGCUUUGUGAUCCACAUAACUGACCUGCUGGCUGUAUCCAUGAUGUUGGGCAUAACAGCCCAAGUGAAGGAGGCUGGGAUUGCAUGGGAUAAAGGAGAAAAGAAGAAUCUAGAGGUGCUACGAUCAUUCCAGAACCAGAUAGCUGCAAUUCAGCGUGAUGCCGUCUGGUGGCUCCACACCGUUGUCCCUUCUAUCAGCAAACUGGCUCCCAAAGACUAUGUACAUUGCCUCCACAAAGUGCUCUUUACAGAACAGCCAGAGACCUACUACAAAUGGGAUAACUGGCCCCCAGAAAGUGACCGCAACUUCUUUCUCCGCCUCUGUUCAGAGGUUCCCAUCUUGGAGGACACAUUGAUGCGUAUCCUGGUGAUCGGGCUGUCCAGAGAGCUCCCUCUGGGCCCUGCUGAUGCCAUGGAGCUUGCUGACCACUUGGUGAAGCGAGCUGCAGCAGUGCAGGCAGAUGAUGUGGAAGUCCUAAGGGUAGAGAGGAUCCAGCUGAUUGAUGCUGUCUUAAACCUGUGCACCUACCAUCAUCCAGAGAACAUCCAGCUGCCUCCUGGAUACAAGCCUCCAAAUCUUGCUAUUUCAACCCUCUACUGGAAGGCAUGGCCUCUCUUGCUGGUGGUAGCUGCAUUUAAUCCUGAAAAUAUUGGUUUGGCAGCUUGGGAAGAAUACCCUACUCUGAAGAUGCUCAUGGAAAUGGUGAUGACAAAUAAUUACUCUUAUCCUCCUUGCACCCUGACGGAUGAGGAGACCCGGACUGAGAUGAUUAAUCGAGAGCUCCAGAUUUCCCAACGGGAGAAGCAGGAAAUCCUGGCAUUCGAGGGACAUCUAGCAGCUGCAUCCACCAAGCAAACAAUCACUGAGAGCAGCAGCCUCCUCUUGUCUCAGCUUACCAGCUUGGAUCCCCAGGGCUCCCCACGAAGACCUCCUCCUCACAUCUUGGAGCAAGUGAAAGGCCUUAAUCAGUCCCUCCGUCUUGGUCACCUCCUAUGUAGGAGCCGAAACCCAGACUUUCUCCUUGACAUCAUUCAAAGACAGGCCUCCUCCCAAUCCAUGCCCUGGCUAGCAGACCUGGUUCAGUCCAGCGAGGGCUCCUUGGAUGUGCUGCCGGUACAGUGUCUGUGUGAGUUCCUGCUUCAUGAUGCUGCCGACGAUGCCACCUCAGGGGAGGAAGAGGAGGAGGGAGAGAGCAAAGAGCAGAGGGCCAAGAAACGCCAGAGACAGCAGAAGCAGCGACAGCUGCUUGGCCGCCUGCAGGACUUGCUGCUAGGCCCCAAGGCUGAUGAACAGACCACCUGUGAGGUGCUGGACUACUUCCUGCGGCGCCUUAGUUCCUCUCAAGUGGCCUCCAGGGUAUUAGCCAUGAAGGGAUUGUCCUUGGUGUUGUCAGAAGGUGGGCUUCGUGAUGGAGAGGAGAAAGACCAUCCUAUGGAAGAAGACUCGGGUGACUCAGAAAUGCUUCAGGGAUACCAGUGGCUACUGAGAGAUCUACCACGAUUACCGCUGUUUGAUAGUGUCAGAAAUACAACAGCUCUGGCCCUGCAGCAGGCUAUCCACAUGGAAACAGACCCUCAGACUAUUAGUGCUUACCUCGUGUACCUCUCUCAGCAUGCCCCAGUGGAGGAGCAGGGACAGCACAAUGAUCUUGCUUUGGAUGUGGCCCGGCUAAUUGUUGAGCGCUCCACCAUCAUGUCCCACCUCUUUUCAAAACUUUCCUACAGUGCAGAGUCUGAUGCAGUGCUUGUGGCUCUGCUCUCUAUUUUCUCACGCUAUGUGAGGCGGAUGCGCAAGAGCAAAGAGGGGGAGGAGGUUUAUAGCUGGUCAGAGUCCCAGGACCAGGUCUUUCUGCGAUGGACCAGUGGAGAAACAGCCACUAUGCAUAUACUUGUAGUCCAUGCCAUGGUAAUCCUCCUGACACUGGGGCCUCCACAAGCUGGAGAUGGUGAGUUCCAUGCUCUACUGGACAUCUGGUUCCCAGAGAAGAAGCCCUUGCCAACCGCUUUCCUUGUGGAUACAUCUGAGGAAGCCCUGCUACUUCCUGACUGGUUGAAGCUUCGAAUGAUCCGUUCAGAGGUACCUCGGCUAGUGGAUGCUGCAUUGCAGGACCUGGAGCCUCAGCAGCUGCUUCUCUUUGUUCAGUCUUUCGGAAUUCCUGUCUCAAGCAUGAGUAAACUGCUGCAGUACUUGGACCAGGCUGUGUCCCAUGAUCCCCAGACCCUGGAGCAAAACAUCAUGGACAAGAAUUAUAUGGCUCAUCUGGUGGAAGUUCAGCAUGAAAGAGGAGCCACAGGAGGCCAGACUUUCCACUCUCUGCUCACUGCCUCUCUGCCCUCUCGGCGAGAUAGUACAGAUGCACCUAAACCAAAAAGCAGUCCAGAACAUUCACAGAGCCAGGGAAGAAUUCGAGCCAUCACUCAGAUCCGGGUUCUGGGACCAGAGGAUGACUUGGCCAGCAUGUUCCUUCAGCUCUUUACACUGAGUCCUGAUCCUCGAUGGCAGAAUUCAAACCCCCGGCCUAUUUCCCUGGCCCUCCAGCAGGCCUUGGGGCAGGAAUUGGCAAAGGUCCAUCAGGGAAACCCUCAAGUGACAGGUAUAGCAGUGCGCCUCUUGCAGGCUGUGUCAGCCCUGUUGAAUUCCCCACACAGCGGGUCGUUGGUGAUAUCAAUGCAUCGGAACCACUUCAUCUCCUGCCCCUUGAUGCGGCAGCUGUACCAAUACCAGCGUUGCGUUCCACAGGACACGGCCUUCUCUUCACUGUUCUUCAAAGUCCUCAUGCAGAUGCUACAGUGGCUGGAAAACCCUGCAGUGGAAGAUGGCCCUCUCCAGGCCCAGCUCAAAUUGUUUGCAGCCCAGUACUCUUCACGACACAGAAUCAGUGAUGUACGAGGUGGAUUCUUGCACCUGGCUGAAACAUUGGCUUUCCGCCGGGAUUCCGAGGCGGUCGGCUCCACAGUGCGUGCCAUCAUCGCCACCCUGAAGUCAGGGGAAAAAUGCAGUGUGGAACCUGAACUUAUUGGCAAAGUCCUUCAAGGUCUAAUUGAGGUGAGAUCUCCUUACCUUGAGGAGUUCCUGGCCAUCCUCUUCUCAUCUACCCCAGAAAUUGCCUCCAAGUUUCCUUCCACUAAGCCAAUUGCUGUUGUAAGCUCCUUGCUGCUUCAGGAAAGAGAGGAGACUUCAGGGAAAAAGGAAUUGGACACUUGUAGUGGCACUGAAACUGCCUGGCCUGGUCCCUCCUCAGGACUUCUGAUUGACUGGCUUGAAAUGCUGGAUCCUGAAGUGAUCAGCAGCUGUCCUGAUCUCCAGCAGAGGCUUCUUUUCUCUUGGAAUAAGUCCAAAAGUCAUUCUGGCUCUCAGGUGCUAUCUUUCCGCCCCUACCUCUUGGCUCUCCUUACGCACCAGUCUAAUUGGAGUACUCUUCAUCAGUGCAUCCACAUUCUGCUUUGCAAAAACCGGGAGCAAAGGUUUGACCCAUCUGCUGCUUUGGAUUUCCUGUGGGCUUGUAUUCAUGUUCCUCGCAUCUGGCAAGGAAGGGACCAGCGAACUCCUCAGAAACGGCGAGAAGAGUUUGUGCUUCAGGUCCAGACUCCAGAACUGAUAAGUUUGGUGGAGCUGAUCUUAGCUGAAUCAGAAACCAGAAGCCAGAGCACCGAAGAUGCCUCGUGUAACCUUAUCCAGUCACGCCUGCCGCUGUUACUUAGUUGUUGCCAUGGAGAUGUUGACAGCAUCAAAAAAGUAACAGAGUACCUGACAGGCAGCAUCCAGCAAUGGGGAGACAGCUUGUUAGGAAAAUGCUGCCAAGACCUUCUCCUCCAGCUCUACCUGCAGCUCCCAGAGCUCUUGGUGCCCAUGCCUGAGAACCUGUUGAACAGUGAGGGGGCAACCAGUAGCAGCACCUGCAAGCUUGAUGCUCUGGUUCACCGAUUCAUCCUCCUCCUCGCAGAUACCAGCGACUCUAGAUCCUCUGAGGGCCGGGUAGCAGAUGCCAACAUGGCUUGUAGGAAGUUGGCUGUGGCACACCCUAUCCUGCUGCUGAGGCAUCUGGCCAUGAUUGCUGCCCUGCUCCAUGGGAGAACCCACCUCAACUUCCAGGAGUUUCGUCAGCAGAAUCACCUGACAUUCUUCAUUCAUGUCCUGGGGAUCAUAGAGCUCCUGCAGCCACAAGUGUUCCAAGAUGAACACCAGAGGGCGCUUUGGGACUGUCUUCUCUCCUUUAUUCGAUUGCUUUUGAAUUAUAGGAAAUCCUCCCGACACCUGGCUGCCUUCAUCAGCAAGUUUGUCCAGCUUAUUCACAAGUAUAUCACAUGCAAUGCACCAGCUGCAGUCUCCUUCCUGCAGAAGCAUUCUGACUCACUCCAUGACUUAUCGUCAGACAAUGGUGACCUUGUGAUGCUGAAGUCUCUCUUAGCAGGGCUAAGUCUUCCCAGCAAGAAUAAUGUUUCUGACCAUGGCUCAGAUGAAGAGAGAGAUGAUGACACCUCUGCUGGCUCCCUGCCUCUAGUCAGUGUCUCUCUCUUCACUCCUCUGACAGCAGCUGAAAUGACCCCCUAUAUGAAGAGAUUGUCUAGGGGCCAAACUCUAGAGGAUAUCUUGGAAGUUCUGAGUGACAUAGAUGAGAUGUCCCGGCGGAGGCCAGAAAUCUUGUCCUUUUUUUCUACCAACCUGCAGAGGCUGAUGAGUGCUUCUGAAGAGUCCUGUAGGAACCUGGCCUUCAACCUCGCUCUGCGCUCCAUACAGAAUAACCCUAGCAUUGCUGCGGACUUUCUGCCCACGUUCAUGUACUGCCUUGGAAGUCGGGACUUCGAGGUGAUGCAGACAGCACUGAAGAACCUGCCUGAGUAUACCCUCCUGUGCCAAGAGCAUGCAGCUGUACUGCUGCACCGGGCUUUUCUGGUUGGCAUGUAUGGACAGAUCGACACCAGUCCCCAGAUUUCUGAAGCUUUGAAGAUUCUGCAUAUGGAGGCUGUAAUGUGACUGGUCAGGGGCAGGACCUUUGGUUGGUUUAAAGACACUGAACUGUGUCUCAAGAGGUCAAACCGUAAGGUUCAGGGUCUGUUUGUGUGUGUGGUCUCAUUUUGGGGGAAAGCGCACACAGUGCCAUGUAAGGGUGGGAAAAGGAAAGGGAAGGAUACCCAUUCCAAGCGCUUCCCACAGGGGACCAUCCAGGCUUCUAAGCAGUGGCCACCUGUGGUUCUUUCUUCUGGUCCCAUGGGUUGGGUAACCAGGCAUCGACUUCUUUGCCAGUUGCUCAAUGUGGAGAGCAUGUUUGCAUCCCAUCAUCCCAUUGGACUGGAGUGCCGCAGAGACGCUGUAGACGUCACAGCCACAAGGAGAAGCCUGUUUCUGAGUCAGCACCAAAAGGGACAUAGGGUUGGGGUGGGUUAUUUUUUAUCAAACUUUCUAAAUUAAAUCUAAUGCCUAAUGUA